UAGUUGGUUGGUAAAAUCCGCUCAGAGUGAUGCUUCCUCUUUUGCAUAUCUUCGACGUGACGUCACGGCCUGGUCCAGCAAACAUGGCGAACAUUCGGUGUGUGAAGGGGAUGGUCGGCCUGGUGACCGGCGGGGCCUCCGGUUUGGGUCGGGCCACGGUGGAGCGUCUGGUCCAGAGUGGAGCGUCGGCCGUCAUCGUGGAUCUUCCCUCGUCAGACGGUCCGGCUCUGGCUGCCAGUCUGGGGGAUCGAUGUGCCUUCGCUGCUGCAGACGUGACCUCGGAGGCAGACGUCCAAUCAGCUGUUUCUCUGGCCAGAGAGAAGUUCGGCAGGUUGGACAUAGCCGUUAACUGUGCCGGCAUCGCUGUGGCCGUGAAGACUUACAACUUCAAGAAGGACGUUCCUCACAGCCUGGAGGACUUCCAGAGAGUCAUUAAUGUGAACAUUGCUGGAUCCUUCAAUGUGAUUCGACUCGCUGCAGGUGAGAUGGGAAAGAACGAAGCCGACGCAGACGGACACCGAGGAUGUAUCAUCAACACGGCCAGCGUGGCGGCUUAUGACGGACAGGUCGGACAAGCAGCUUAUUCUGCCUCUAAAGGCGGCAUCGUUGGGAUGACGCUUCCAAUCGCACGAGAUCUGGCACCGAUGGGCAUCAGAGUCAUGACCAUCGCACCCGGACUCUUUGCCACUCCGCUCCUCGCCAGCCUCCCAGAGAAGGUGCGCUCCUUCCUGGCCCGCCAGGUUCCCUUCCCUCCUCGCCUGGGAGACCCGGCUGAGUUCGCCCACCUGGUGACGUCGCUGGUGGAGAACCCGAUGAUCAACGGGGAGGUGAUCCGGCUGGACGGAGCCAUUCGCAUGCAGCCCUGAGACACUCCCGUAGUUUGGGAUUAAAGCCUGGAAGAGAUCAUGAGCUGCCUCCAAUCCAAGAACAAAUGUGUGUUUGUUGAUGUUUGUGGAAGCUGCACGUGAUUAUUACAUAAACUGUUGUUAAUCACAAACCUUUUUAACUAGUCUUUGAGUGAAAGAUUGUAAAAAUGUUCUUUAUUCAGAACAUUCUAGUAUAAUAAAUGGGUUUGAUUAAUA